AUGGAGGACCCGGUUGACCCAGUUGACCCUGCGUUUGCUGAUUACGCAGAUUUCAAGAUGGCGUUUGACGACCCGGAGCCUGCUGUGGCCCCCGAGCCGGUAGUCGCCCCAGACCCCGUGUUCGAGCAUGACCCUAUUCAUGCUGAUGUACCCAUUGUUGAUCCUGUGAUUGCUGAUCUACCUGUUGAUGAUCACCCUAUUGUUGCUCCACUAUUGGAGGAUGAGCAUGCCGUUGAUGCUCAGGUUGAUGCCCCUCACAUUGCUGAUAUACCCGCUGAGCCUGUUGUUGUCGCUCCUCUUCCUGACCCUGUUCCUUUGGAGCCCGACCAUGCACUCUUUGCGACUCAUAUUGACCCCCGUUAUGCGCACACCCGGAAUGGGUGGAUUGAUGCUGAUGAUGAGUACCCGCCUUUUGUGGUACCAGUUACACCCGUUCCAGCCCCUGUGUCAGUUCCUCCUGAGGUUCCUAUGCAUCCCGUUCAUAAUACCGGUGUUCACCACACCGACUUACCUGUUAUGUUCCGUCAGAUUACUCCGCCAUCGCGCCCGGGAGAGGGUUCCUAG